CCGCUUGCAAGGUCUCCCGAUUGUGGCGGGGACCAUGGACAUUCGCCACUUCUUCUCUGGAUUGACCAUUCCUGAUGGGGGCGUGCAUAUUGUAGGGGGUGAACUGGAUGGCCGCCUGCGUGUUCCGGGUGGAGCUGCCCGUGUCCUGCCGGAGCCUCCUCGACAGGGACCCGGGCUCCAGGUCGGACCCCCUCUGCGUCCUGCUGCAGGACGCGGGCGGUGGUCGGUGGACUGAGCUAGAUCCCAUGGAAAAGUUCAAGAACUGCCAAGACCCUGAAUUCUGCAAGAAAUUGGUUGUGGACUACUGCUUUGAGAAAGUGCAGAAGCUGAAAUUCAGUGUGAUAGAUAACAAGUCCUGUGAUUUCAAUGAUGAUGACUACCUGGGAGGGAUUGAGUGCACACUGGGACAGGUUGUAUCCAGCUCAUUGGUCACCUGACCACUGGAGUUGAAACAUAUCACUGAAUCAGUCAUCCCUGUCUCUCUUCUUUGCCUAUAAUUGGUGCUCACCGUGUGAAGAAAAGGACCAGCCCAGCCAGCGGCAGUCGGCGCGCCCCCGGAACCGAUCGUGGUGGUGAGAGAACCACAUCUGGGCCCACAAUCACCUGAUCAGCUGGGAUGUGACAGGUGAGCUGGGGUAAUGAAACUAUGGGAUGGAAUGUGUCUGAAGAGACAGACAUUAAUGAAACCAUGCUCGCUCUUCUGUGCAAACAUGGCUCCCAUCCUAAAGCAAGACUUUAAGUCACUUUUAAGAUGGGUGUCACACGUGUUUCCCAAUGCCACCCCUUCUUCUGUUUUACCCUCUAAAGUUGACAUUAAGCUCUAUGACCUGGGCACCCUCCCUGGACAUGAGCCAGAGCUAUGAAUGCUCCCUGCUUGGAGGGCGGUCAUGGACAUGAUUAAAAGGGAGGAGGGUGGUGAGGCUGCUCAUGAGACUAUCUCUGAGACAGCCCUGGCAGCUGUGCCAGACCAAAGCUUGCCCAGGUCCUGCUCCCUGUCCCUCUUCCACGUGCCCUCCCUGAUAAGCACAAGGGAUAGAGCCUGGUCACCCCUCCAGCCUCACUGCUAUACUGCCAGCAAUCCCAGAGCCGCCAGACAGGAUCGGACACUUAUGUGGUGGACACUGACUCUGACAGUGAAGGGGAAUUGGACCCUUUUGACCCAGUCCCAAAAAAGACCCACACUUACUCCCUUUGCAUGUGCAUAAUUGGUUACAGAUAAAGAAGAAAGCCCUUAAGGACAGAGACUUUGAUACCUCUGCAGAAAUGUGUGACUUAGCCCGAGGGGUGAAAAACCUCAAUGGGAGUUCUUAGGCCACUCAAAAAUUAAGAUUUAUCUAUGCAGCUUCAAGUUCCACCAGAAUGGCCAGCCUUUACAGGUAAACUCAUCUUGAACGUGGGACAGCUAAACAUGUGCAGACACAAAUCUCACAGCAGAUGGAGCAACCAGGAGCAGCUGUCAGCUUCCAAGUGGCCCAGCCCCCCAACAACGGUCCAUCUCUGACCUAUGCCCAGCCACCCCAGGGAGUGCUGGACUGGACAUAUCAACCAGUAACAUUAACUGAUUGCUCAGUAUUUUGUCCCCCUACAGGAAUUUCUGGAUCCUUGAAAACUGGUUACCCAGCUUUGCUUGUAGGUACAUCAUCCACCUCGAUAACAGGGUUAUUUGUACUGCCAGGAGUCAUUGACUCUGACUCAGUGGGGAAAUAAAGAUCAUGGCUUGGACUCCCCAGCAGACCUGUGUGGUCCCCACCAGCAGCAGUAUAGCCCAACUCACACUUUUCCCGGCAGCACCCCUAUCUGCACCCCUGAUAGCUGAACAGAAGGGAGGUGGGUUUAGUUUUACAGGGAUCCCACAGAUUUUUGGACACAUCUUGUCACAUGCCAAUGCAAAGUGACUCUGACAAGACUCAUUGAUACUGGAGCCAAUGUGACUGUUAUGUCAAAAAACCAAUAGCCCAGUAACUGACCAUUAAGGGCUGUGCCUUAGAUGCUCUCAGGCAUUGGUGGGAAUGGCCAAAGCCUGCAGAGCCAGCACUUGGUACAAAUUGGUACAAAUUACAGAAUCUGAGAGCCAAAUUACUAUAAUUAACCCUUUUGUGUACUGUCAGUUCCCCUAGUUUUGUGGGGGAGAGGCUUUCCUUGUGUCUCUACAGAGAAAAGACCACCUGGCUCCCUGCCUGAAAUGUGAAACUUCUCCAGGAACCUCUGCCAGCAGCUGAGAGAAGCCAGGAACCCUACCAAGCCCCCAGGAGAAGGAGGGGGAGGAAGAAGAAAUUACAAUUCACGACUCACGUAUUUUGUCCCAGCUGUGAAAGAAACUGUGAACCUUUGGGUUUUAUGUCAGUAUAAAAGUGGAAAUUGGUGGUAUUGCAAACCCCUUUUGGCAAAAACAUUGAAUUUUUAAUUGUAGUAGGCCAUGAGAACAAGGAUAGCCCUCGCCUCUCUAGUCUCAUGAGAGAAGUGUUGAGGGAAUCAAAAAAUAGCCAUAUUUACAAAGUAGAGUGCAAACAAAGUAACUUAGUGCCUUAUAUUUGGCCAAUCCCUGAACAAGCUUGGGAAAAAACAAAAAAAGAAUGUGCUAAAAGAUAUGCUUGGAAACUAAAAUCCAAAAAGAAGUAUUUGCCACAACAUAGUUAAGAAAAGCAUGGAAUUAAAUUGAAUGCUAUGCUUGUGCUUAUUAACAUUGCUUGCUUUUACUAACACAGCUUAGCCUGAUAACCAACCCAAAAUAAAUGUUUAGAUAACUCUAGCUAAUGUAACAAAACAAGAUACCCUAUGCUUAGCUACUGCCUCCCCAGAAAAUUGAUUUUCAACCUGUUUAAUAACUCAGAAUCUAUCCAUAAUAGCAUAUAGCAACUAAAAAGUAGUGUGUUUAAACUAAGAAUAGGAUCUGAAUCUUAGCUAGAUAACCUGUUUAGUGGCUGGGGUUUAACACUCUGGAUAAAGGAUUUGUUUAGAAUAGGUAUGCAUGUGUUGAUUUUAAUAAUAAUUGUGUUAAUUCUGAUACCAUGUUUACUUCAGUGUACCCAGAGAUUAAUAAAUAAAGCCAUCAAGGGAAUAUUUUUGGUAGAAAAGAAGGGGAAGAUAUAGUGAAAUCGGGAAGUGCUUUGGACUUGACUAGCAUAAGAAAGCUGAUAGCCAGGAUGCCUUGGCAGGAACAGAGCUUGGAAGACUGCAAGAAGGUUGAAUCCCUGAACAGGGAGAAGAUUGAAUCAAUGUUGAAAUAUGCAUGUAUGUUUGUAUGAUGUUUAACUCAGUCAUUGUAGUAAACAAUUACUAGCUUUCCUAGAAUGGUAUAUUAGCUUACGUAGCCCACAGUAAAGUCAGAUUCUGAUCACUGAAUCAAUUGUCCCCAUCUCUCUUCAUCACUGAUACUCUAGUAGUUACAUUUUUUGCCUUUUGGCCAGGAAUCUCUGCGUUUGCAGACAUUCAGCUAAACCACUAAUCCAUGUGUGAGCAAAGGCUCACUGUGUUUUGUGUUAUUUACAGAGGAGUAAACUGGAGAUACAAUUGCAUGUUAAAAUCUACAAUGUCAAACUAGAAACUCAACUGCCAGGCUUGGGUUUUGAGUUAUUAUUUGGAGUGUUUUGUAUGUAGAUACAAAUCAGUUACAUAAUUAUUUCCAAUAAAAUGAUAUUUCUGUAUUUUUGUUAAAGAAGAAAUGGUGGAAAUUUAGGUUUUCUGCUCAAUGUUAUUUUAAGCCAAAGACCAAUAGAGGGAUUUAGUGACCUAACUCUCAGUUAGCAAAAUGAUGUGAUUUAUAGGGACAAAAGUGGUCUGAAGAGGAGGUCCUGGAAUUUGAACUGAUAAAUGCUGAUGACUUACAGAGUGCAGCAUUUUUAGAAAGGAAAAUAAAAGUGAGGAAAGAAAAUGAA